AUGGUUGGCUGUGUCUAUAAGGUGAUAUCCAAAGUGCUAGUAAGAAGAAUGCGAUCAGUGAUGCCACAUCUAGUGAGGGAGACUCAGUCUGCAUUUGUAAAGGGUCGCAAAAUACAUGAUGGUGCCCUCAUUGCCUGUGAGACAAUCCAAUGGCUUAAGCUGCGAAAGAAACAAGCAGCAAUUGUUAAACUGGACUUUCAGAAAGCCUAUGACAGAGUGAGAUGGAGCUUUGUGGAUAUAGUACUACAGAAGAUGGGUUUUGGUCUUCAAUGGAGGACCUGGGUGAAGGAAUGUGUGACUACAGCAUCAAUGUCAUUGUUAAUCAAUGGGUCACUAACCAAGCCGUUCAAGAUGGAGAGGGGCCUCAGGCAAGGCGAUCCACUCUCCCCUUUCUUGUUUGUUCUUGUUGUUGAUGUUCUGCACAGAAUGGUGGGGGAGGCGGUUAGAAAUGACAGAAUUUCUCCACUGCUGGUGGGAAGGGACAACAUAGAAUUGUCGCAUCUCCAAUUUGCAGACGACACAAUUCUUUUUUGUCCACAGGAAACGGAGAUGCUAGUGAAUUAUAAGAGGCUCCUGCGUUGUUUUGAGUUAAUGUCUGGCCUGAGUAUCAACUUUGAGAAGUUGAGCCUAAUUUCAGUCAACUGUGAGAAGGAAUGGGUGACGAAUAUGUGUGGUCUGUUGGGAUGUGCCGAAGCGAUUUUACCUGUCAGCCUGCCGGUUUACUACUUAAGCUUGUACAAGAUGCCAAAGGAGGUUGCAGAAAAGAUCAUUGGACUUCAAAGAAGGUUCUUGUGGAGUAAAGAAGAUGGGAAUAACGAGAUACCAUUGCCAACCUCUGCCAUCAAGAGGGGGCCAUGGAAAGAUAUCUGCCAGCUUAAUAUUAAGGAGCAACAGGCAAGAGAUAUGAUGAUCAGGGGUCUGUCCAUGGAGGUUGGAAAUGGCAGAAACAUUCAUUUUUUGGAGGAUACUUGGUUACAAGGUGGCUCUUUGAGAGAUUGUUUUCUGAGACUCUUCUCUGUUUCAAAUCAACAAGGAUCUGUAAUAGGGGACUGUGGGUUUUGGGAUGGGCUAGAGUGGGUAUGGGACUUCCAAUGGAGGAGAGAACUCUUCCAAUGGGAGUUAGAGCUGCUCAAUCAACUUCAGGACUGGUUACGAGUUGUGAGAUUAUCGGUUGAUAGAGAGAAUUCAAUUGUAUGGAAAUUUGAUAAAAAUGGUGUUUUUUCUACUAGUUCUUUUGUGCAGGUGCUACAGCAGGAGACUCUCUCAACUGACAUCAUGAGUUACAACUUCACAAGCUCCAUUUGGAGAGGCUUGGUUCCUCCAAGAGUUGAGCUAUUUGCAUGGUUUGUGCUAGUAGGCAGUGUCAACACGAAGGAGAGGCUGAGUAGACUUGGCAUUAUUAAUCAUCAUGACAAUAUGUGUGUGUUGUGUAAAAAGGACAUAGAAUUUGUACAUCAUUUAUUUUUUGCUUGUGAGUUUACGUGGCAGGUGUGGUGUGCAUGGUUGACGUUCACUGAUAGAGCUUGGAUCACCCCGGGAACCGUUAAAGAGUUCUUUGAGAGUUGGACUGGAGUAACAGGUGGGAAGUCUGAGCAAAAGAAAUGGCUGAUAGGAUUCUGUGCAGUUAUUUGGAACAUCUGGUUGGAGCGAAAUAGCAGAGUUUUCCAGAGAGUAGAGACAAGUGUUGAAGGAGUUAAGAUUCUGUCCUUCUUGAGCUAUAAGGAAUGGUGUGGAGUGGAUCCGUUUGGUUGUUGA